AUUAAAUGAUUCCUUCUUUCUCAGAAACCGGCGACAACAGUACGCAUAUUCGACCGCAACGAUUACUACAGCGUCCAUGGAAGUGACGCAACCACAGCUGCGCGUGAGGUGUUCUCCUCCGUGUCCAAUAUCAAGCGCAUGGGCCUCGAACCCAAUCGCCUCGACUAUCUUGUACUGUCGAAGGGAAACUUUGAGAUACUCGUCAAGAAAUUGUUGUUGGUACGCCGGUACCGAGUUGAAAUAUACGUAGCAGAAGGUUCAGUAAAGGGGAGCGACUGGGCUAUCAAGUACAAAGGGUCGCCAGGAUGUUUGUCCCAGCUGGAGGAGGUACUGGGAGAUGGUUUGGGCGGUGCCGAUGGGAAUACUCCAUGUCUGAUGGCGGUUAACAUCAAAAUCGACCCAGUUACUAAAGGUCGGCUUCUAGGAGUGGCUUGUGUGACUGCAGGUGACUAUGAAAUGUCGGUCACGGAGUUCACUGACGACGAUCUUCUCACAGAGUUAGAAACGAUCACGGUACAGAUGGCGCCUUCGGAAUGCUUAGUGCCGGCCACUGAUAAUGAUGAUUACAAAGCUCUCAAAAAGGUUAUGGAAAGGACCAACGUGACUGUUACUAAGUUGAAGAAAACCGAUUUCUCGACAGAAGGUCUAAUACAAGAUUUGAACCGGUUGUUAAAGUUCAAAGACAGUCAGCAACGAGAUGCGAAUUCAUUUCAAGAGACAACGAAAGAGGUUGCGAUGACGUGUCUCGCUGCUGCUAUAAAAUACAUCUCGUUGCUGUCAGAUAGCACUAAUUUUGCCAGGUUUAAACUAUCGUCGAUCCAAGCGGAGUGCUUCCUGCAUUUGGACGCGGCGGCGCUGUCGGCGCUGAACGUGCUGCCCGAGCUGGGAGACACUCACGCGCCGGCGCGGAGUCUGUUCGGCCUACUUGACAGAUGUCGCACGCAACAGGGCAAAAGACUUUUAGCGCAGUGGCUUCGGCAGCCGCUUCGCGACAUAAACCUUAUUAACGAACGUCUUGACGUGGUUGAAUUGUUGAUGAACAAUUCGCAAUUGCGAUUACAAUUACAUGAGGACCAUUUACGACGCAUUCCGGAUUUGCAAGCGUUGGCUCGACGACUCACAAGGAAGAAGGCUAACUUGCACGACUGCUAUAGGAUUUACCAGGCAAUCAACAGGCUACCGUCAUUACUGCAAUGUCUUUCCGAAGCCAACAAUGCAACUGUACACUCAUCGCUCACCGAACCUAUCUCCGAACUGAACGACGAUCUGAACAAAUACCAACAGAUGAUAGAAGCUACCAUGGACAUGGAUGCUGUCGAUAGAGGCGACUUCCUUGUCAAGCCAACUUUUGACGAGCAACUACAAGCUCUAAGUGAACAGUUGGAAGAGUUUCAAUCGUCUGCUGAAAAGGAAUUGAACAAGGCAGCCAGAGAUCUUGGUAUGGAAGCAGGAAAAACUAUCAAACUAGAGAGUAACCCUCAAAACGGGUUUUAUUUUAGAGUAACUCUUAAAGAAGAACAAACAUUGCGCGGCAACAAGAAAUACACAAUUAUCGACGCUGUCAAAGGAGGCGUAAGAUUCAAAACGAAAAGUCUGGAAGAUAUAACCGACGAGUACACUCAAACAAAAACCAAUUACGAAAAAGAACAAGACAAAGUUGUUGCCGAAAUCGUUGGAAUAGCGGCUGGCUACUCCGAGUGUUUGUUUUGCCUAUCGCACAUUCUAUCCCGUUUGGAUGUCCUGGUGUCAUUCGCCGUCGCGGCUGCGACCGCGCCGUACCCUUACUGCCGGCCCGUCAUCACGGAAGACCUUGAUGAACUAGUCCUUGAGGACCUUAGACACCCAUGCCUGGAAGUACAGGAAGGCGUUUCUUAUAUACCAAACGAUGUGGUUUUUAAACGAGGGUCGUGCUUGCUGCACGUGGUGACGGGCGCGAACAUGGGCGGCAAGUCGACGUGGAUGCGCUCGUGCGGCGCGGCGGCGGUGCUGGCGCAGGCGGGCGCGGCGCUGCCGGCGCGCGCGGCGCGGCUGCCCGCGCUCCGCGCCCUGCGCGCGCGCAUCGGCGCCGCCGACCUCGAGCAGCGCGGACACAGCACCUUCAUGCGCGAGAUGAUCGACACUGCGGCUAUACUCAGGACUGCCACCCCAGAUUCGCUCGUGCUUGUCGACGAACUGGGCAGAGGCACUUCCACAUAUGAAGGCUGCGGCAUAGCUUGGGCGAUAGCUGAGGAACUGGCGACAGUAUGCAAAUGUUUCUGUCUAUUCGCGACGCACUACCACGAGUUGACGCGGCUGGCGAGCCUGCACCCCGGCGUCAUUGUCAACUCGCACGCGGAAGCCUCCGUCGUGGAUCAACAACUGGUGCUUCUUCACAAGAUCGUUCCCGGUCCUGCCACGGCCUCCCUCGGUCUGCACGUCGCCAAACUGGCUGAUUUACCAGAUUCUAUCAUCGAGUAUGCAGAAGCAAAACAAGCACAAUUGGAAACUAAUUUAUUUGAAAUUGAAUCCGCUGUGAAGACUCAAGAAACAUCCGAAGGUCAAAAAUUAAUAUUGGAAUUUUUGAAAAAAUGUAAAGAAGUUCAAGAAUCCAUCACUUCAGAUAAAGAUAUGAUGCUAGAAAUUGCUAAAUUAAAAGAUACAUUACUGAAACAUAACAAUAAGUACGUAGAAUCUCUAAUAGCAUAAUGGUUCUUUCAAUAAAUAUAAUUUUGUGAUAACUAUCUAUAAUGUGUAUGAAAUCCAAGAAAUGUUAUUUAAAACAAUUUUUACUGGCAGCCUAUGGAUCCGUAAAUUUUGUGAUUAUAUUAAUACUGUCAUAUCUCUCUCUUUACUCAACAUUAAAUUUCACACAAAUUUUUAGAAUAAGAUAAUACCUACACUCUAAUUCCACCAUCCCAGCAUUACUAAAGUUACAACAUAUAUAGUCGUCGCCAUUCCAUUCUAAUUUGCGGUUGACGAGGCGUAUCGUUCAACACCUAUAAAUGUUACAAGCGAUAUAAACUAUGACAGCAUAGUAAAACUCCUUGCGAAUAUUUUACUUCCAGUGAAGAUCCCUAGUACACUUCUCAUCGUUUAUUACUAUCAAGCUGAUUUUUCGUGAGUUGCUUCCUUUUGACUAGACGCCCAAGAUUUUCCUUGCAGUACUGUUGGUAAAUGGUAGCUUAAUGUGGGUAGUAAACUAUGCAAAUGAUAGCUAACCAAUAAAAAAAAAUCAGCUGCUUAGUAAUUAUUUUUCAUGACCUUGUUUAUGAUACAUGUUGGAGAGAGUCGACUCCCUACCCAACCCAUAUAUUUUGUAAGACAAAUAUUUUUUCACGUUAUUUAGAUAAUUAUCUCGAUAAUUAACAAAGAAAAAAUCGGUUGGUAAUAAUUUUUUAAAUGUCGUCAAAUCAACAUAUUUUAUCCAUGCUACCCCAUUAAGCUACCAUUUACCAACAUUACUGUAAGGAAAAACUUGUGCGUCUAGUCCAAAGGAAGCUAAUCAUGAAAAAUCAGCUUGAUAGUAAUAAACGAUGAGAAGUGUACCAGGGAUCCUGUACUAUUCAUCAAAAACGUUGGCGGGCGGAUCUACUCAACUUCUAUGCAUUGUCAAAACAUGAGAAUGGAUGGGACUCGGCCCAAUAAAUAUUUCUUAUAUAAAACAAAUAUAAAGAAUAAGUACAAAAUAAGAAAAAGUUAUAAAAAUUGUUUUAUAGUAGGGUUCCUACUUCUAAAGGACUAUUCGACGUGACAAUGAACCACUUGAAAUAAAGAUUAUUUGACAUCAUCACACAUGACCUUAAUCUAAUUGGUCCAUUAUUUGCCAAUGUUCCGUUUUUUAAAUCGAUGUCCUAUAGUUUGUAUAGGCAUUUUUAUUUAAAAUUAAGUUUUUUGGAACAAGGAUUCUACCUAUGGUAGGAAUAAAUUAAAUGUUAUUAAAACAGAGAAUAUCUACAUACUUAUGAAUAUAUUGUCUUCAGUUUUUUUUUUUUUCAAAACUCAAUCUCAGAUAAAAAUUAGGUGCAUAUUUUGCUAAGAUUUUAUUUUAUCAUUACCUGAAUACAGUAUAACUCUGUGGUAUACUCAAAUAGUUCCAUAUAGAAUUUUCAAUAUACAAAAAUAUUGCAAAGAAAGAGUUAUUCACGGAGCCUCACUAUAUGGAGAAGGGGCGGUGUUAAUUAUUAUAUAGCAGUAAUGUACCUACUACCUUAGAAGGGUCUCAAGCUAGCAACAUAUGCUCUCAUUUCUACCUUAAUUAUUUAAUGCUGAAAUCCCAGGUUUGCUAGAUUAAGAUCUGGGUUCUGUGGUAUCUAGACAUUAGUUAUGGAACUCAAGAGUGAAAUCUCAUGUUUCUAAAAACCCAACAAUCCAGUUAUGCAUGAUUCUUUAGUGUUAAGAAUUUUAUUAUGCACUGAUUUUUCAAUCACAGUUGCAUAAAUAAAAUAGUUGUUUUAUUGUACUUGGUAAAUUCAUGGUUGUGUCACUUUUGCAUUUAGUCAGGAUAAGCUAACUUAAUUUAAAAAAUUGUCAGAUUGAAAAAUCAACCCUUAAUGGAAGAUUAAUGUUUUGUGAUGAUGUGUGAGGGCUGACAAUAAAAGUACAUUUUUAUAA